UUAGGGAGGAUUUUGGUUAGUGACAGUUUGAAACGGAUGGUGGAAAUGGCAACGGAUGUGCGCGGCCACCGCAGGUCCAUCCACCCUCGUUGUCCCCAUUAAAGUUCUUCACACAACAUCUGUGUUGAGCUGGUCGGGCUGGUGAGAGAUCAUGCACCUCAGAAACCCUAAAAUAUUGCUCUCUGAUCCUUUCUCCUUCUGAUUAUCAUUUUUGGGGAAGAAAAAAAAAACCCUCCCCCUCGCCCACCCAACCCCCGUCCCACGCUCAGAUCGAAAGCACUUUCUUGUCCGGUUGGCGCGGUGGCUUCCUUCCGCUGCCGCUGCCACCACCACCACCUCGGGAUUGAGUAUAUACACACACGCACGUAUAUAAACGUCAUACCAUACAUUCAUACUCUACACCAUCGCGUACAUACGUGCAUGCAUUUGGUUAAUUAAGCAAACUCAACGUUGAUUUGUUUAAUUUAUAAUUAGUUACUUUAAAAUGAAGGACGAGAACUUACACCGACGGCAGAUUUCAUCAUCGUCGCCGUUAUUGUCCCUUUCGUCCUCCGAGGAGGAGCUCCAACACAUGCCGCUGGCGCCGCCCAAGACGUUGAGCCAGAAGCGCUUGAGCAAGCAGUUGUCCAUGUGCGAGACGCCUAGGGACAUCGCGUGGGAGAGGCGGCAGCGCCAGAUUCUCAGCCAGGAGAGGAGGAUGCAUGGGAUCAGAGACUCCGAGGACAUGCAUCUGACCGACGAGGACUUGCAUGAGCUCAAAGGGUGCAUUGAGCUAGGGUUUGGGUUCAAUGAGGAGGAGGGUCAGAGGUUGAGCGCUACCUUGCCCGCUCUUGACCUUUACUUCGCCGUCAACCGCCAGUUUUCACUAAGCCCCGCGUCCACGCCGAAUAGCGCUAGCGCCCGCCAUUCUACGUCGUCAAUGGGUGGACAUUACUCGUCGUUUGGAAGCCCUAGGAGCGAUACAGAUGCAUGGAAGAUAUGCAGUCCAGGUGAUAAUCCUGAACAGGUGAAGACCAAGUUGAGGCAUUGGGCACAAGCUGUGGCUUGCUCAGUGAUCCAAUCUUCUUGAAGAGUGGAAUCAUCAUCAGAUGGCUUUGCUUGUACAGAGGAUCAAAAAGCAAAAGCAAAAGCAAAACACGAAAAAAGAGCUUGUUCUUG